AUGUCCAUCCCCGAAUUCUCGCUCCGCCUCCAGCACGGUAUCACCGGCGGCUUCGCGCCCCCGACGCCCGAGGCCAUCAUCACGAUCACGGGCAUCCCGACGCAGAACCUGCUCAACAUUACGAGCGCCGUGCGCCCCAAGGGCACGCCCUCCCUGCAGGACGGCGCGCCCAAGUCCCUCUCCGCCGCGGACGCGCACACCGCCGCGCUCGUCGCGGAGCUGAAGCACAUCCUCAGCACGAUCCCCACCGAAUCACCGCCCGGGAGCGCGGACAUCUACGGGCUCGACACGAGCAUCGCGUUCGGCUCGGACGACCUCGUGUGGCAGAACGGCGGCCCGCAGGGGUGUGGGGGCGGGCAGAGCUCGGUCGUGCCGACUGAGGAGGAGAAGGCGAAGUUUGUGCGGGCGGUGGCUAUCGUGAAGGAGCUGCAGGGAAAGGCUGCGUAG